AAAUGGCAGCAACGGUUUACCAACGCCUACAUAGCGUCGCUGUCGGCGUCGGCGUUACCAGCGCCUCUGGCAGCGGGUCGUCUUCCUAUCAAGGAGCGACAUCUGGAUCGGGAUCAGGAACUGGAACUGCAAACAACUCCACCUCCUCCGCCCUCCUCAGCCACUCCCAGCUGACGCGGUCGCUGGAACGAAUCCUGGAAGAGGCGCAUUUCAGCGGGGAACUAAUCCUGACAAAUCGGAAGCUGAAGGAUUUUCCGAGAACAGGAACAAAGUACGCCCUUACGGACACCGUGAUUGCAGAUCUGUCCCGGAAUAGAUUUGCCGAGUUGCCUGAAGAAGUCACGACGUUCGCUUUUUUGGAGACCCUGCUGCUGUAUCACAAUACGAUUCGCAGCAUUCCGGAAUCGGUGAAGCAGCUAUCCUCGCUAACCUAUUUGGAUCUGCGCAGCAAUCAGCUGUCUUCCCUUCCCCGGGAAAUUUGUUUCCUGCCCCUUCAGGUUCUUCUGGUUUCCAACAAUCGAUUGGCUUCGUUACCAGAUGAACUUGGUCGACUGGAUCAGACCCUGACCGACCUGGAUGCGUCAUAUAAUCAGUUGUCCAAUUUACCUGCUCGUCUGGGGGAACUGAGAUCUCUGCGUUCGCUUUCGCUGAGAAGCAAUCACUUGCUGUAUCUGCCCAGGGAGUUAACCUGCUUAAGUUUGAUUUCCCUGGAUGUUAGCAACAACAAGAUCGCUAGUCUGCCGCUGGAGAUUCGACAUAUGAGCUCUUUGGUAGAGCUGCAGCUGGAGAAUAAUCCCUUAACCUCGCCCCCAGCUAGUCUUUGCAUGCGUGGCCUGGUGCACGUGUUUAAAUUCCUGGAGACGCAGGCCACUAAGGACGAGAAAGGUUCCCGGUCGGGAGGCAACUACGAUGGAUAUACCACACUACGAAGAGCACCUCGUCACAAUUCCAGCGGGAAUGUUCUUGAAGCCAGCACCAGUGGCAGCAGUAACAACCAGCGGAGACAUCAGGUCGACUCGGGCUACAGCACUAGUGAUGGUCUAGACAAGCGCUGGUCGCACGAUGUCCCUGCUAAAUCAAAAACAGAUUCACCGCUGCACUGUGUCUCUAGUUCGGCGGCUGCCACUUUACCCAGGACGCUGCCAAGUGCUGUUCAUUCGCAUGCGGAUAUGAUGGAUGCAUCCCUAACCUCUAGUACUAGUACCAUUGUGGAUGAGAGUCUUACUCUGAGUCCCACGGCAUCGCCCUGCAAACUAAGCUAUGCGCAUUCGAAUAGCUCUAGUAAUGGAUCGUCGCCGGAUCAGGAUGAAGAUAUCAUGCUGGACCACCAGGAGCGAACUGUGCACACAGCCAAUGGAAAGUCUGGAAAGAGUCUGGGCAAUAUUCAGACCUACAAGGAAUACAAGGAGGCCCUGAAACAGCAGCGUAAUCAGGAGAUCAGCGUCUACAAGCAGAAGCAUCCGAAUGCCAACCAUAGUCCCAAUGACGACGAGGAUCUUUCCCCGUCAGCGCCGGCAAUUUCGAAUGGAUCGUCUGCAAACACAUUGCCAAAGUCUAUAAUGAAACAGAAUAGUAACCAAAACGGUCACAAUGGGAACGGAAAUGGAAACGGAAAUGGGAACGGGAAUGGAGUCGAUGAUGUUGUCAUACCAAAGAAACCAAUCCAAAAGGUUAUACCCUCUCGUAACACGGAAAUAAAGCCGGCAACCACAUCCGGUAUUCCCUCUGUCAUUUCAUCGGAUUGUUUGGGCUACGUUAAGCCACACAGCCCCAUGAAAAAUGGAGCAAACAAAUUUAAUCCGUCCAAUGGUGGAGGAGUGCCAGCAACUGUGGGUAUUGUCAGCAGCACCACCAUCAAAUCGCCAGUCAGCUCCACAACCAAACUUGGUACAGUAAAGACACACCGUUCGGUGACCUGGAACCAUGAUAUUCCCGCCGAGAAGCUGAGCUUCACCAUGCGACGGGAGUUCGAUCGCCAAAGGGAGGAAACUGAAUUGAUGUCGGAGUUGAGAAGUAUUAUUGAAACGCGUUUAAAAAUGACGUUGCCCACGGAUAUUGCCUCUGCUCUGACGGACGGUGUUAUACUGUGUCAUUUGGCCAACUAUGUGCGACCACGUUCAGUGGCCAGCAUUCAUGUGCCAUCUCCUGGUGUGAACAAGUUGACCAUGGCCAGGUGUCGUCGGAAUGUGGAUAACUUUUUGGAGGCAUGUCGGCGCAUUGGUGUAGAUGAGGAGUUGAUUUGCUCCUGUGAAGAUGUUGUGCCACAAAUUGAACCGCAACAACCACAAUUGCCACGUGCUGACGAUGACUAUGAUGCUGAUGUUUAUGUCCAAGAUGAUGGCAACAUCAUUAGCAACAACAGCAGCAGCAGCAGCGACAUCAGCAACGUGCCAUGCAUCAGCGAUGGCAACAGCAGCAGCAACUAUAUUGAUAGAGUGCCCAAUGCAUUGGCCCUACUGCGAACAGUGUCCGCUCUGAUUGCCUUGGAUGCGAAUCCGUAUCAUCAGCAAUUUCAUCAUCAUCUUCAGCUGCAGCAGCAAUCGGUUGUUGUUGUUUCCCAGCAGCAGCAGCAGCUACAGCAAUAUCACUUCGAGCAAGAGCAAUUCAGUGAGCAAACUACCUGCAGCCAACAACAAGAACAGAUGUUGCAGUUGCAGCAGCAACAGCAGCAACUAGAGCAUGUUUUAUAUGAGAAUGGCCAGCCAAGGGCUGAAAAUGAUGAUGGGGUUGAGGAUCGUGAUGAUGAUAUAGGCAAACGGCAGCAGCAACUGGCUGUAGUGGGUCAAAUUCUCCUGAAGGCCAAGCAAAAAACUUAUGAGAAAAUCAAACACAAUCUGCUAAGUGCCCAUGGUCAGCAUAAUUUCCAUCCCAACAAUAAUAAUAGAAAGUUGCACACAAUUGUGGAGAAUGAACAUGACGUGGCCGCCGCUGGACCGGCUGGUCAUUAUCAAAUUAUUGACGAAAAGGAGGAGAUUCCGCAACAGCAACAACCAGAGGACCUGAAUGACGCAGGAUCAUUGGCAAAUGCAACUAAGGAAGCCAUCAGCAAACGCAUCGAGUUUUUCGAGCAGCAAAAGAAUAGCAAACAGAAACUAGAAGUGUUUAGCAUCUAUUUGCCCAAGGAGAAGAGUAAGGAACUCGAGCAGAAAUUAAAAGCCAAGACCAACGAAGCUGGAACUUCAAUAUUAAAGCACGAUUCACAUACCUUGACAGUGGUCCUGUCGUGCGUAUUCAUAGCCACCUUCCUCUGGCUGGUCUUCUUCCCGCUGCCCGGCUAGUCUACAUAGUAUAGCUUAAUUUUUUGUUUUUGCUUUGGGUUGCCAUUAGAUUUAAGAUCGACAACAAAGAGAGUUAAAGCUGCUUUUGCGCUUUUCCACUUGGUAGUGAGUUCUUGAGGCUGCUUUUGUUUACCGCUUAGGCUUAUAACCCAUAUUUAUAAAAACCAUCUAUACCCAACUUUUGAUCUAACCAAAACCCCCGAAAGAAAAAACAAACAGACAACUUUUGAGGCAUUUACUUGAGAGAAAACCCAAAGACUUUGACAUUAUAAUUAAUUUUUGGCUCAUUUUUCUCUAUGAUUAUUUUAGGGUAUGCACAAUCACCUAUGAAACGUAAUUUACUUAAAUAGUAAAAACAUUAGUUCCCAAAAAUACAAAUGCUCUUUUUGAGUUUCAAUCUAAAGUUCCUUUACAACAUAAUUUAUCUAUGUUUCUACAUUUCGUUUUUAUUAUUUUCUUGUAUUAUUUUACAAAAUAUUCCUAUACUUUAAGACUACUUAAUAUUUAAGUAUCUUACAGUCUUAUCUUAUUUAUCA